GUCACAACCAAAAUGGUCAGAACCUCCUCCCUCACACCCAGAAGCAAAUUCUUCAUAAGAAAACACAGAAAAUGGCCAGUCUCACCCUACAACACCAAAUGGCACAAACUCUUCAACCAACACCAAGCUUUACAGACCCUCAAACAAACCCCACCACUACUAAACCCACCCCAAACUCUCCUCUCCUCACUCCUCCACUCCUUCAACACCUUCAACUGUGAUCCAACUCCUCAAGCUUACAACUUUGUCCUUAAAACCCUGACCAGAACCUCCCAGUUCGCCCAAAUCCCAUCUGUUCUUGACCGCCUUGAAUCUGUUGAGAAAUUUCACCCACCUGAAUCGAUUUUCUCUAAUCUGAUUAGAUUUUAUGGCACUGCUAAUCGUAUUGGUAAUGCUAUUGAUGUGUUUUACAGGAUACCCAAGUUUAGAUGUGACCCUUCUGCUGUCUCACUCAACUCUUUGCUAUAUGUGCUUUGUGGAAGUAGUGAAGGUCUUAAAAUGGUGCCCCAGAUUCUGAUGAAGAGCAGAGCAAUGGGGAUUAGGCUUGAAGAGUCAAGCUUUCGGAUUUUGAUCACUGCAUUGUGUGGAAUGGGGAAAGUCGGGUAUGCUAUUGAGAUUAUGAAAUGCAUGAUUAGUAAUGGUUAUGAUUUGGAUGUAAAGAUUUGUUCUUUGGUGUUGGCUUCAUUGUGUGAGCAAAAGGGUUUAGGGGGUUUGGAGGUUGUGGGUUUUGUGGAGGAAAUGAAGAACAAGGUUGGGUUUUGUCCUGGGAUGAUGGACUAUUCAAAUGUGAUUAGGUUUUUGGUGAAACAGGGGAAGGGUUUGGAUGCUUUGGGAGUUUUGGGUAAGAUGAAAGUGGAGGGAAUGAAGCCUGAUAUUGUUUGUUAUACCAUGGUUUUGUAUGGUGUUAUUGAAAAUGGGGAUUACAAGAAUGCAGAUAAGGUGUUUGAUGAGUUGCUUGUGUUGGGUUUGGUUCCUGAUGUUUAUACUUACAAUGUGUAUAUAAAUGGGUUGUGUAAGCAGAACAAUGUGGAAGCUGGAAUAAAGAUGAUUAAUUGUAUGAAAGAGUUGGGGUGCAAGCCAAAUUUGAUUACUUAUAACUUGUUGUUGAAGGCAUUGUGUAAGAAAGGGGAGCUGAGUAGGGUGAGGGAGCUUGUGAGUGAGAUGUCCUUAAAUGGUGUUGGGGUGAACUUGCAGACACAUAGAAUUAUGUUGGAUGGUCUGUUUUGUAACGGUGAUGUUGAUGAAGCUUGUGUCUUUAUGGAGGAAAUGUUGGAUAAGUUUCUGUGUGGUCGCUGUUCAGCUUAUGAUGAUGUAAUCUAUGGGUUGUGCCAGAGGGGUUUGAUUAGUAAAGCAAUGGAUUUGCUGCAGAAAAUGGUUGACAAGAAUGUUGUGCCCGAAGCAAGAGCUUGGGAAGCAGUACUCCUUAGCUCAGGAACUGGACCUUGCUUAGUAGAGACUACUUGGACCAGUUUGGUGAAACCAAUAGGAGCCGACUGACUUCACCCGUUCACAGAUGAUUUUUAGCCAGAGUAUUGCAUUGAAUCCACAACUAUAGUGUAUUUUCUUCAUCUCCAAUAUGAACGCGCAGACGAAUGUUACUGCUAUUGGGAUAUAAUUCUAUGAUCAAUAUUGAAUACAUUUAGAGUUGAAGGUUUGAUUUUUGAUACUGUUUUCACUGUGUUAACAAACAAAUUCAGCUGGUUUUGAGGUAUGAUGUUUUCCGGAAGAAAUGAAUGGUCUGGUGGACUAUUCUGAUUUGAUUAGGUUUUGGUGAAACAAGGCAAGGGUUUGAUCAAUUGUUGGGUGAAAAUGUAGGUGGGUGGAGUUCAACCUCAGACUGUAUGUUGUAUGGUGUACCUAUGAACGAUAAUAUGAGAGUUUAGAUGUGCAUCUUAUAAUGGUUUUGCAUUGUGUUAUUGCAGAUGAGGAUAGAUCAUUUGUUUGAAGAAUCACUUGUGUUGGGUUGAUUCCAGAUGUUCAAGUUAUAAUAUCAAUGGAACUUGAUUUGUAGCAACUACCAAGGAAGAUGAGUGCAAGCUUAAUAUGAUUAUAAUAUUUUGUUGAACUUAUGUAAAACUGGGAAGCUAGGAAGGGAGCUGUGAGCCCAAUGAUCUUAAAAGUGUUGAAAACCCUAAACAUGUAGGAUUGUAUGCUGGAUGGUCUGUUUCGUGAAGGAGAUAUCAACUCAUGUCAUUAUGGAGGAAGGACUGUUUUGAUGUUGUUUGACAUUUGAUGAGAUAAUAAUGGGGUUUGAUUUGUAAAGCAAUGAACUUUGGUGAAGAAAAAUGGUUGGCAAGAGAGUUUCACCCGAGGGCUUGGUAAGCACCAUUCUUUUAACUUCUGAAACUUGUGUUGUAGAGACUACAAACUACGUGUGUCAGCUUGGUAUAGUUGAAGUUGAUGGACUUUAGUUACAUAUGCAAUGCGUUAGUUUGAGACUUUUGGCUGGGGUUUCAAGCUGCAUCCACAAUCAAAGGUUGCAUACACCAUGCAAAGCUGAAAAGAUGUUAUUGCCUUUGAGUUAAUGAAUUGCAGGAUCAGUAAUGACUAAUGGUAAUUGAGUAUGAUUUAGAUGUGAGGAUUGUUAGUUUAUAUUUCAUCACUUUGUUGGAUUUCAACCUAGUAUGACAGACUCGUAUACGAUCAUGUCUUUCGUUAAAAGAAGGUAGGGCUUGGAUGCUUCAAGCGUUUCGUACUAAAUGAAAGUGGAGGGAAUAAAACCUCAUAUUGUGUGCUCAGACGAUAGUUUUACAAGGUGUUAUAGCAGACAGGAAAAAAGGGAAGACGAUGCAUUGUUCACUGAAUUACAUGUGUCGGUUUGGUCAGUGUAAGCAAACUAAUGUGGAAGCUGCAUUGGAGAUAAUUUCUUGUGGAAGGGCAGGGAUUUUGAUUACUCGUAUCAUUUUGUUCAAGGCCAUUCACAGGGUGUUGGAAGUGUUGGAGUGAACUUGCCUAACAUAAGUGUAUGAUGGAUGCCUGGAUGGCCUCAUUUGUAAACAUGAUGUCACACAGCUUAUCUUCCACAAAGGGAAAUGCGACUUCGGCUGAUCUGCAUUUCGACAAAUGACAAGAUAAUUUAGGGGCAUGGUGCUGAAGUAAUUGAAUUACUGAAGAAAAUAGUUGGCAAGAACAUUACUCCGAGGGCAACGGCCUUUUUUUUUUCUUUUUUUUUUUUGGAGGGCAACGGCUUGGAAAGCACUAGCCUUUAGCUCAGGAUCUCAACACUAGACUACUACUUGCAUUGUUUUGUAUCGGUUAUUGGUUGAUUUGGUGAAAACAAUGCGUUUGUUUCAAUUGGUGAUGUGAAUCAAUAACUGGAGUUGAUUGAUUUCAACAACACGAUGCAAAGGUGAAGAUGGAGUUGCUCCUUCCAUGUGCAUCAGAUGCCUUUUCUUUUAUCUUUUUUCUGAAGAUGGGCAAUUCAGACUGCCUAUAGCUCACUGGCCUUUUGUCCAUUUCAGUGUCCAAGCAUGUUUGGCAGAGAGACUUGUAAGUACAUCUAUACCAUUACCAACCAUGAAUCUUCUGUCCUUACUUGCUAUGUGGUGCCUAUGGUGGUGUUUUGUUGCUGUUGGCUUUAUAUUUACCAGAACCGCUUAGCUUGAAUUGAUAGCUUGGCUGACAUAGAUCAGUUGAUGGGAAAUUCCAACUAAAGUCACGAAUCUUUUGCCUUGUUGGUUACUCACGAGUUGAUAGUUUGUACCACAUUGCCCCAA